AAGUGUCAGUCAUUUCAGUCAUGAGGACGGUUUCAGCCUGGAUUCUUAUGGUGUCUGUCUGUGAAAUAUAUGCUGCAGAAACUGUGGAUAUUUACCAGAAACAGUCGUUUGUCUCUGCUAAGUCUGGUGAAGCCGUUACCCUUCAGUGCACACUGGCUGACCAUCAGCGUAAUGAAGACGUGUUUUGGUACAAACAGCCAGUGGGACAAAUGCCUCAGGAGGUGGGCAUCAAGGGGGCAUUUAUGGAAGCAGUAUUUUCAUCACAAUUCAAAAACUCAAGCUUCAAACUGGAGAGAGUGGAGAACAGUGUUAGUCUGACUAUACCACACCCCACAAAAGAUGAUGAAGCGAUGUACUACUGUGGGAUAUCUGUGAUGAUGAUGAUCAAGUUUUCCACUGGAACAUUCUUAGCUAUUACAGGUCAUCCUCAUUUGAAUGUAUCAGUGCUCCAAACUCCAGUAUGGGGCUCAGUUUCUCCAGGAGAGUCGGUCACUCUGCAGUGCACAGUCCUCUCUGAGAUCAGAGCAGCAGAACUCCGAGUGCUCUGGUUCAGAGCUGCUGCAGGACAAUCCUUUCCUGAAAUCAUUUACACUCAUCAGAACAGCAGCAGCCGGCAGUGUGAGAUCAGCUCUUCUACACACAGCUCUGUAUACAACUUCUCCAAGAACAUCCUCGACCACAACCAUACUGGAACUUACUACUGCGCUGUGGCUGCUUGUGGGAAGAUCAUUUUUGGGACUGGAUCAACUGUGGAAAUAGAUCAUUCCAAGUCUCAUCAUUCAGCUCUUGUUGUGAUGGGACUGGCUCUGGGUUUGUGUGCUGUCUGGAACGUCACACUGUGCUGCUUCUGUAUGAAAUGUAACAUCUGUAAACACUGCCGAGGCAAUAAACCUCACCCUGUCACACAUGAUCUCUCAGGGGCAGAUGAUAUACAGCGCCAGGACCAAGACACUGUGGAGCUGAAUUAUGCCGCUUUGCACUUCUCUGAGAGGAACACUAAAAAAGGGAGGAAGAAGAAGAAGAGAGGACGGCCUCAAGACAGUGUCUACUCUGAAGUGAGAAGCUUCAGUUAGUUAUAAAUUUACAUACAUUAUGACUCUGAACAGACUCCUGUUCUGUUUACCGGACUAUAUUUGGUCAGAUGGGCUUAACCCUUAAAAUCACAGGCUUAUUACAAACUAAGGCUUAUUAUUAUUAUUAUUAUUAUUAUUAUUAUUAUUAAAGCUUAUUAUUAUUAUAACUACAUGGACUAUAAUGCAAACUGGCAGAGCUAUAAGUUAUAAAAGUGUAGUUAAUAGUACAGUUAAAGCAAUA